AUGGCCCACAUCAGCAUGGCCCACAUCAGCAUGGCCCACAUCAGCAUGGCCCACAUCAGCAUAGCCCACAUUAGCAUGGCCCACAUCAGCAUGGCCCACAUUAGCAUGGCCCACAUCAGCAUGGCCCGCAUCAGCAUGGCCCGCAUCAGCAUGGCCCGCAUCAGCAUGGCCCGCAUCAGCAUGGCCCGCAUCAGCAUGGCCCGCAUCAGCAUGGCCCGCAUCAGCAUGGCCCACAUCAGCAUGGCCCACAUCAGCAUGGCCCACAUCAGCAUGGCCCACAUCAGCAUGGCCCACAUCAGCAUGGCCCACAUCAGCAUGGCCCACAUCAGCAUGGCCCGCAUCAGCAUGGCCCGCAUCAGCAUGGCCCGCAUCAGCAUGGCCCGCAUCAGCAUGGCCCGCAUCAGCAUGGCCCGCAUCAGCAUGGCCCGCAUCAGCAUGGCCCACAUCAGCAUGGCCCACAUUAGCAAGGCCCACAUCAGCAUGGCCCACAUCAGCAUGGCCCACAUCAGCAUGGCCCACAUCAGCAUGGCCCACAUCAGCAUGGCCCACAUUAGCAUGGCCCACAUCAGCAUGGCCCACAUCAGCAUGGCCCACCUCAGCAUGGCCCACAUCAGCAUGGCCCACAUUAGCAUGGCCCGCAUCAGCAUGAACACCUCCCACCAGACCUCCAGGAGCCGAGAGUACUAA